AUGCCGAACCGUGGCCCCGGUGGGAUCUCACAAGACUGGGAUCCAGUCGUCAUCCACAAACGACCACAGAAAGCCGCCGACACCAAGGAUCCGAAACUCGUGAACGCGGCGAGGCGGCAAGGAGCGGCUAUAGAGUCCGUUAAGAAGUACGAUGCAGGAACGAACAAGUCUGGUGCUGCGAAUCCUGCGAUGCACUCCCGGAAGCUCGCUGAGGAGACGGAUGUCUUGGCGCACGAGAAGGUGUCGGUAGACGUUAAGGCGGCGAUUCAAAAGGCCAGGCUGGACGCCAAGCUCACGCAAGCCCAGCUGGCGCAGAAGAUUAACGAGAAACCCCAAGUUGUCCAAGAGUACGAGUGUGGGAAGGCCAUACCCAACCCACAGAUUUUGGGGAAGAUGGAAAGAGUCUUAGGAGUGAAGCUGCGGGGAAAGCUCAAAUAG